AUGGCGUUCACUCGCCUCCUCCUUGUCCUCGUGGGCGCUGCAUUUCCGCUGCUCUUAUUAUUCUCCCCCUUGCCUGCAGUGGCGAGUGAAUUGGGCGUGAGCUACGGGACGGUGGCGAACGACCUGCCGGACCCGUCGUCGGUGGUGAAGCUGCUCGGAGACAACGGCAUCACCAUGGUGAGGAUAUACGACGCCAACUCCAACGUGCUUAGUUCGCUGGCCAACACCGGCAUCAAGGUGAUGGUGAUGGUGCCCAACGAGAACCUGGCGGACGCCGCCUCCAGCUCAGGCUACGCGCUCCAGUGGGUGAAGAGCAACGUGGCGGCAUACUACCCCGCCACGAAGAUACAUGGCGUGGCCGUGGGCAACGAGGUGUUCAACACCAAGCCCGACCAGAAUUUGAACCUCGUCCCGGCCAUGACCAACAUCCAGAAGGCGCUGGCGCAGCUGAACCUGGCCGACGCCAUCAAGGUGACCACGCCCAUCGCGUUCAACGCGGUGGCCGUGUCCUGGCCGCCGUCGUCGGGCGCGUUCAGCGACGACAUCGCGGAGCCGGUGAUGAAACCCAUGCUCCAGUUUCUGCAGCAGACGGGCUCCUACCUCUCCGUCAAUUACUACCCUUACCUGACUUACAUGGCCCAGCCAAACACUUUCAACCUCGACUACGUCUUGGGGAACCCCAACAACCCCGGCGUGGUAGACCCCAACACCCAGCUCAAGUACAGCAGCCUCCUGGACGCCCAGCGCGACGCCACGUACUACGCGAUGGACAAGCUGCUCCUGGACGCCCAGCGUGACGCCACGUACUACGCGAUGGACAAGCAGGGGGCAUCCAAUUUGGACGGGGCAACUCAAUGGCGGCGGCGGUGGCGGCGGCCACAGGAGGCUUUACAGGCCGGAGGAGUGGCCACCAUAGCUAACGCUCAAACCUACAUCAAUAACCUCAUGAACCGCGUGCUGUCCGGAAACACCGGCACGCCGUACCGCCCAAACGCUGACAUGAACGUGUACAUCUUCGCCCUGUUCAACGAGGACCAAAAGGGCACCGGGGCAGAUGACGUCGAGCAGCACUUCGGCCUCUUCUACCCCAACAUGCAGAAGGUGUACGAGUUCAACUUCCGCGGCACCGUCACCCCACCACCGACUCCAACAACACAGCAGAGCUGGUGCGUGGCGAACGCGGCCGUCGGGGACGCGCGGCUGCAGGCGGCGCUGGACUACGCGUGCGGCCACGGCGCCGACUGCAGCGCCAUCCAGUCCGGCGGGUCAUGCUUCCAGCCGGACACCAAGGUCGCGCAUGCCACGUAUGCGUUCAACAGCUACUACCAGCUCAACGGCCGGACCCCAGCUCGUGUGAUUUCAGCGGCGCGGCCUCCAUCGUCUACCAGGCACCAGGCGGCGCUGGACUACGCAUGCAGCAACGGCGCCGACUGUAGCGCCAUCCAGCCCGGCGCGCGGUGCUACCAGCCGGACACCAAGGUCGCGCACGCGUCGUACGCAUUCAACGACUACUACCAGCGCAAGAACCGGGCCAGUGGGACGUGUGACUUCUCUGGCGCCGCUUCCAUCGUCUACCAGCAACCAGCCGGCACCUGCGACGCGACGGCGAGCUGGUGCGUGGCGAACGCGGCGGUCGGGGACGCGCGGCUUCAGAAUGCCCUGGACUACGCCUGCGGCAACGGCGCCGACUGUAGCGCCAUCCAGCCCGGCGGGCAGUGCUUCCAACCCGACACCAAGGCCUCGCACGCCUCGUACGCGUUCAACAGCUACUACCAGCACAAGGGACGGGCAAGCGGGACCUGCGACUUCUCUGGUGCCGGCUCUGUUGUAUACCAGCAACCCAAGGUCGGAAACUGUGUGCUCCCAUCGAGCGGUUAA